UGUCAAAAUAAAAACGCGUUUUAACUUCGUAUUGCCAUGGUUUUAUCUUCGGGUUAAGCGUGAAUUCAUCAAGCGUUAACCACGCUGUUUUUCCUGAAUUAGUAUAAUAAUAUGACCAAAUAUUCAUAAAUAUGGCUGAUUUAAAUAAUUUAUUUGACUGUUUCGAAGAUCCAUCAUCAAGUGAAGUCGCCAUUCAAUUGCCCAAUCUUGAAAGUGAUAAACAGGAUAUUAAAGCAGAGCUAACACCAGCCAAGAAAAGGCCACACGAAGAAGUUGAAUAUGCAGAUACAGAAAUCAAGCCAGAAGAUAAUAAAAAAAUCAAAACAGAUGAAGAAGAAAUUGAAACAAUAGGGGACUUAAAAUUGGAUCUAGCCAACUCACGUAUUGUGAUACACACAUUGGAAACCCAUGAAGGGUGUACUCAUGAGGUAGCAAUUCCACCAAAUCAUGAAUAUUCACCUUUGGUCCCGAUAUCUUCAGAGCCAGCUAAACAGUAUAGUUUUAUAUUGGAUCCCUUUCAAAAGGAAGCAAUCAUGUGUAUAGAUAAUUUGCAAUCUGUGCUUGUGUCAGCACAUACUUCUGCAGGAAAAACUGUUGUUGCAGAGUAUGCUAUAGCCUUGUCACUAAAGAAAAAACAGAGAGUUAUAUAUACCACACCAAUCAAAGCACUUUCAAAUCAGAAAUAUAGAGAGUUCUCUGAAGAGUUUCAUGAUGUUGGUUUGAUAACUGGUGAUGUGACAAUCAAUCCGUCUGCUUCAUGUCUUAUCAUGACAACUGAGAUUCUAAGGAAUAUGUUAUAUAGGGGAUCAGAAAUCAUGAGAGAGGUUGGGUGGGUUGUGUUUGACGAAAUCCACUACAUGAGAGAUAAAGAAAGAGGAGUUGUGUGGGAAGAAACUUUAAUCCUUCUCCCCGACAAUGUGCACUAUGUGUUCCUAUCUGCCACGAUACCGAAUGCACGUCAGUUUGCCGAAUGGGUGUGCCGUUUGCACUCGCAGCCUUGCCAUGUGGUAUACACCGAGUAUCGACCCACUCCUCUACAGCAUUACAUCUUCCCUGCUGGGGGCGAUGGUAUACAUCUUGUCGUUGAUGAGAAGGGUCAGUUCAAAGAGGAUAAUUUUAACACGGCAAUGGCUGUAUUAAGCAAUGCAGGUGAUGCAGGUAAAGGCGACCAACGCGGGCGGCGCGGAGGGCCCAAAGGGAACAAUAACACUAAUAUCUUUAACAUUGUCAAGAUGAUUAUGGAAAGGAAUUUCGCACCUGUUAUCAUAUUCAGUUUUAGUAAAAAGGACUGUGAGCUGUAUGCGAUGCAAAUGGCAAAAUUGGACUUUAACACCAUUGAAGAGAAGAAAUUAGUGGAUGAAGUGUUCAAUAAUGCGAUGGACGUAUUAACAGAGGAGGAUCGUAAAUUGCCGCAAGUGGAAAACGUAAUUCCAUUGCUGAGACGCGGCAUUGGUAUACAUCAUGGUGGUCUAUUGCCAAUACUCAAGGAAACGAUCGAGAUUCUCUUUGGUUUGGGUCUAAUAAAGGCACUUUUCGCGACAGAGACGUUUGCUAUGGGUCUCAACAUGCCGGCGAGAACUGUUGUGUUUACAAGUUGUCAAAAAUUCGACGGCAGAGAUUUUCGAUUUAUAACAUCAGGAGAAUACAUCCAAAUGUCUGGUCGUGCGGGCCGGCGUGGUCUAGACGACAAAGGAAUUGUGAUACUCAUGAUUGACCAGAAAGUAGCUCCAGCUACUGUGAAAGGCAUGGUGCAGGGUAAAGCUGAUCCUAUUAAUUCAGCAUUCCAUCUCACUUAUAAUAUGGUAUUGAAUUUAUUACGUGUAGAAGAAAUCAAUCCUGAAUAUAUGUUGGAGAGAAGUUUCUAUCAAUUCCAAAAUCAAGCCGCCAUUCCAGAUCUCAUAGAUAAGGUGAAAGCGAAACAAAAGGAAUAUGACUCGCUUAGCAUAGACGAAGAGAACUCGAUCGCUAGUUAUUGCAAUAUUCGCUCGCAAUUAGAUCUAUUGGGUGCACAGUUUAGGUCUUUUAUCACACGACCGGAGUAUCUUAAACCUUUCCUGCAACCGGGUCGACUUGUUAAGAUAAAAACAGAAAAGUAUGAAUACGACUGGGGCAUAAUAGUGAAUUUCCGGCACAAAACGGGCAAAGGCAAGAAAGGGCAAGACGAAAAUCCUCUCACAGCUGAUACAGUUAUACUAGUGGAUAUAUUGCUGCAUGUUAAAAAAGGGAAAGGGGAUGAACCAGAGAGCAACGCUCCAUGUCCACCGGGCGAGUCUGGAGAUGUGGAAGUAGUCCCAGUAUUGCAUACGCUAAUAUAUCAAAUAAGUUCGCUCCGUGUUUACUAUCCGAAGGAUCUAAGACCAUCCGAUAGCCGCAAAUCGGUUUUAAAAACGAUAAACGAAGUGAAAAAACGCUUCCCAGAAGGUCCGCCGCUAUUGAAUCCUAUAAAAGACAUGAAAAUUAACGAUUCCGUAUUCAAGGACUGCGUGGAUAAAAUAAAAAUUUUUGAAGACAGAUUAUAUGCCCACCCACUACAUAAAGACAAGAAUCGUGCAGCGUUAACGAGUGCAUAUGAGAAGAAGCAAGAAUUAUACGAAGAUCUGAAACAGGUGAAACAGGAGUUGCACAAAGCAAAGAGUAUACUGCAAAUGGACGAGUUGAAGAAACGGAAACGUGUGCUUCGACGAAUGGGAUAUUGUACGAUGGCUGAUGUUAUCGAGAUGAAGGGACGAAUCGCUUGCGAGUUGAGCAGCGCUGACGAGUUACUAUUGACUGAGUUGAUAUUCAACGGGGUUUUCAACAACCUGACGCCAGAGCAGAGCGCGUCGCUGGUCAGCUGCUUCGUGUGCGACGAGAACUCCACGCAAGCCUCCUCCACUGGCGAGGAGUUGCGCGGGGUACUUAGGCAGUUGCAGGAGUACGCGCGUCGCAUAGCCAAGGUGUCGAUCGACGCCAAAAUGGCGAUAGACGAGGACGAGUACGUGGGCAAGUUCAAGUGCACGCUCAUGGACGUGGUGCUCGCGUGGGCCAAGGGCGCCUCCUUCCUGCAGAUCUGCAAGAUGACCGACGUGUUCGAAGGAUCAAUAAUCCGCUGUAUGCGGCGUCUCGAGGAAGUGCUCCGGCAGCUGUGUCAAGCGGCUAAGAACAUUGGGAAUACUGACUUGGAGAAUAAGUUCAGUGAAGCGAUCAAAAUGUUGAAGAGAGACAUCGUUUUCGCCGCCAGUUUAUAUAUGUAGUUAAAGUAUAUAAUAUACGCAAUUUUACACUG